AUGGACGCCGUCGAUUACUCGGAGCACUACGAGGUCGCCACGGCCGACGAGACGCCGUCGCUGCUCUCCGUUAUAAUCGACACCAACCCGCGCGCCUGGGCCGUCCUCGACGACGGCAGCCUCCCGCUCUCCCUCACCACCGCCGUCGCCAACCUCCUGCUCUUCAUCAACGCCCACCUCGCCUUUAGCGGCGCCAACCAGGUCGCCGUCAUUGCCGCCCACGUCAACCGCGCCGUCUGGCUGUACCCGACAACCUCCUCCUCCUCCUCCUCCUCCUCCUCCGCACGAAAGACUACCACAACCGAUGGCGACGUCGACAUGGCCGAUGCGCCUGCCGCCGCCGCCGCCAACUCGCCAAACAAGUACCCACCGUUUGCACACAUUGAAGCGACGGUGCUGGCCUCGCUCAAGAAGCUCAUGGCCGAGACGACGGAGCGCGACCUCGACAGCACAACCACGCAGCUCUCGGGCGCGCUGACGCUCGCGCUAUGCCACAUCAACAAAGCCGCGCGCGCCCUGAGCGCCGCCGACACGGCGCUCCUCGACGCCGCGCAGGCCAAUGGCACUACGGCGCCCCCUCCGCUCAAGGGCCGCAUCCUCGUCCUCUCCGUCUCCGACUCCGAGUCGGCGCAGUACAUUCCGACCAUGAACGCCGUCUUCGCCGCUGCCCACAGCCGCGUCGCCAUCGAUACGCUCGCCCUCGCUGGCGACGCCACCUUUCUGCAGCAGGCCUGCUUCAACACGAGCGGCAUCUUCCUGCGCGCCGCCAACCCCCAGGGCCUGCUCACGUACCUCAUGUUUGGCAUGAUUGCCGACACCGAGGCCCGCGAGUCCCUCGUCACGCCCACGCACGACACAGUCGACUUUCGCGCCGCGUGCUUCUGCCACGGCAACGUCGUCGACACAGGCUUCGUCUGCUCCAUCUGCCUGUCCAUCUUUUGCGAACUGCCGGCGAAUGCAGAGUGCCUCACGUGCGGCACGAAGCUGGCGCUCGGUAGCUACGGCGCCAAGCCCGCCGUAAUACCGAAAAAGAAGAAGAAGAAGAAGAGGGUCAUCAAUGGCAGCGGGAGAGAGGAGACGAUGAGCGCUACAGGAACGCCUUUGAGAUGA